AAUUUGAAUACUAGUAGAGACUCCAAAGCAAUUCCAACGGUGGUGAGCAUUACAAAUCCCAAGAUAGUAGAAUCUCAACACAUUGAACCUGUAUUAGCCAAAGAUCAUACCCAAGGUGCAGCAGGCCUGUAUUAUUUUAAAACUAGACUUGAAUGGCGAAUUCUGGCAGAGAGGUAUGAAAGAGGAAGCUAUACAAAUAACCGGCUCUACAAAGAAAACUCUGCAGCAGGACCCAUUAACCAAAAAAAGAGAAAAGAAAGAGAAGAAGCAGUAGGUUCUAGCAUCAUGGAAGCCAAAAGGAAAAGAGAAGAAGUAGGCUUACUAGGCGACAAAGAAAGAAAGUCCAAAGUUAAUAAUUCUUUCAGACAAAGAAUUAGUGGAAAUACAGUAAAAAUGGCAGAAGAACCGGCCACCCAAAACCCAAAAGAAAACAAAACCUAUGGACAAUUCAGACCCCAAUAG